CUCGCCGUCAGAGGAGAAAUGUCCCCUCUGAGCCUCCGUCCCGCAGGUUAGCGUCCUCCUUGCUGACUUCCCGUAGCUGCGCGCUGACAUUGAAGACAGACACGAGCACCUGCGUCCUCAUCACUGUAACAACAGGUAAGAGACAGACACGCGUGUUUCCUCCUGAGAGGACACAGGACAAAGCCGUGAGCUGAUUCAAAGCCAGCAGAAUAAGUGAAGCCGCACAGGAUCCUCAUCAUGGUGUCCGGGAAGCGCCUUGCUGACAUCGGCUAUCGGGCUUUUUCCGGCUCGAUGAUGCUGCUGACCGUCUACGCCAGCUACCUGACUGUGUUGCGAGGCUACCGCUACAUGCAGAGGCAAAAACAGCUGAAGCUGGCAGCAGAAAACCAGGAUACUGAAAUCCUCAAGGACUGACGUCAGAUGGACUGCACCUUUUCCACAGAUGUGGACAUUUCCCCCCCGUUCCUCCUUUUUGUUCGCCCAUCGUAAAAUCAUUAAGAUGUUUAUUCUUCUCAGGUCGUUUACGUGCCCUCGGAAGGAAGAGGUUUUGUUUGUGAAAACAUCUCCAAGCAAAUUAACGAAGAACAAAUUAUUUGCAUCCAUGGCCUGUUUAUCCAUGCCGAGAGUGACGAUGUUUGAAAAGUGAAGAUGGCUGUAAUUGUUUGUACUAAAUUAUAUUAAAUGCCUUUAAUCACA